AUGUCAACCAAAAGGCUUGCGUCUGAGUGGACGGAAUUUAACACUCGUUUGAGUUGUGAGCUAAGUAACAACCCGUUGCUUGAAGUAGUGAAGAGCAUCUUGUUGCUAAGCUUCAAUGACUUACCUUACCGACUCAAGCUAUGCUUCCUAUAUUUCGGCAUUUUCCCAGAAGAUUACGUGAUUGAAUGUGAUAGGCUUGUUAGAUUGUUGAUGGCUGAGGGAUUUGUGGAACAAGUUGCAGGGGCUAAGCCAGAAGAGAUCGCCGAAGGCUAUGUAACGGAGCUCACUUGCCGAUGCAUGGUACAAGUUGUUAAGAGGGAACCAUUUGGACGGGCAAAAGCGUUCAAGAUGCAUGACCUUUUACGAGAACUUGCUCUUUCAAUUUCCAAAGUUGAGAACUUUUGUACCGUCUAUAAUGAGCAAAAAAUGAAGGAUGAUAACAGACCUCCCCAUCGCUUAUCAAUGCAAGCAAACUAUGGAGAACUACAGCCACACGGAGACAUGUCAAAGGUUCGCACAUUCUUUAUUUUUGUUCCUAAGAUGGCUGAUUCUUCUUCAUUUCAAAAAUUGCCAUCUGGUUUCAAACUGUUAGAGGUCUUGGAUCUUAGACAUGUCCCGAUUGUUCAACUCCCAGAUGAAACAGUGAAGUUUUUUAACUUGAAGUAUUUAAACUUGAAAGGAACAAAAGUGAAAGAGCUUCCGAGGGACAUAGGAAACCUUUAUAAUUUGGAAACCCUGGACAUUAGGCAUUCCAAAAUUAGGUCACUUCCAGAUGGGACUGUUAAGUUAAAUAACUUACGACAUCUUUUGAUGUACCAUUGCAAUUUUGAAGAUCUUUUUAGGUCUUAUUAUUUCUUUGAUGGCACACAAGUACCGCUGGACAUAUGUAAGCUAAAGAGCUUACAAGUUUUGGAUGCUAUCGAAUUACAAGACGGGUUAACCAAACAACUUGCAUACUUGACCCAACUCACAAGAAUGAGCUCAACAAAUGUGAGAGAGGCCGAUGAGAAGGACUUGUGCAAGUCCAUCGAAAGCAUGAAACUCCUUGAACACUUGUUUGUCCAUACAAGUACAGAGGAUGAAGUGCUACGCUUGGAUGCAUUGCCGUCAGCUCCUCCUGUACUCAACGCACUUGGUCUAAUUGGAAAAUUAGAGAGGGUUCCGCUUUGGUUUCAUUCUCUUCAAAACCUUACAGCACUGAGAUUGCAUUGGUCAAGAUUAACAGAAGAUUUUCUUCCUCACAUCAAAGCUCUGCCUAAUUUGGCCAUACUUCGGCUAAACAAGGCAUACGUCGGAAAUCAAUUGGUCUUUCAUACAGGAUUCCCAAAGCUUGCUGAAUUGUACCUAAUGGAUUUUCCUCAGUUGAAUGAGAUCGUCAUAGAGAGGGGGGCGAUGCCUGCAUUACAGACACUGAGCGAAUACGCGGAGAAGGAAGCUUGGAUCAUGCCAAGGUUGAGCACAUCUCUGAAAUCAGUUAUCACCACAAAACUGAACUUGGGUGGUCGGGAGAAAGACUGCGAUCCUCCCUACAAUGGGUUGUUCGACCCUCAUUUUCUUCGGUCGACAUCCUUACCCGGGAUGGGCUACCUAUUUUACCAGGUAAUUGACUGGAGCUCAACAAAUUAA